AUGUCCAACAAAUGUGAUUUGUCUAAGGAAGAGAAAGAGUGGGUCAUAUGCCAUCUGCUGUAUCAGGCACGUCCAGGCGAAUUCUGCAGUGUUUUUGAAGAUCUCUGUAUUCUGGUCCAGGACGAUGACCUGAUGAGGCAAGAGGCUGCCCAGGUCUGUGCCCAUCACAAUAAGAACAAUUUCACCUUAGUCCGAAUAAAAGGAACCAAUGUGCUGGUGGCUCACUACAAUGACCUAGGAGGAAAUAGCUUUUUUGACCCUAAAAAUAAAUUUUCUUUCAAAUUUGAUCACUUGAGUGGAAUAUCAAACAAAUUUCAGCUCCAUAGGGUAGCAUGGGAUGAGACAGAGCUAUGGAGAACAGCCCUAAAUAGUGCUUUAAAGGCAUAUGUGAAUAGUCACUUUCCUUCAGGGGACUGCAGUGUGUUUAGAAAAAAAUUGAAAAACAGGCAGAUAAUUGUGGUCUGUAUUGUAGGUCAUCAGUACAAACAGCUGGGUUUCUGGAAUUGCCUUUGGAAAGGUGAAUGGACUUUUUCCCAGAUUCCAGUUAUUACUCAGGUUACAGGGGCCAUUCAUAUGCAAGUACACUACUUUAAAGAUGCUAAUCUCCACAUGACAGUCUGCAAGACUGUUGAAGAGACCUUGCAUGUAAUUGACCCAGCCCAGCUGGCCAUAGAUUUUGUGAAACUCAUAAAAACUGAAGACAACAAAUUUCACAUUGCCAUGCUGGAAAACUUCCAAGCUUUGACAGAUGAAAUCUGGAGAAAAAUUCUACAAAGGCAGCUCCCAGUCACUCGCACUGUCAUUAACUGGAAUAAACUGCUGACCAAUCAGAGCAUGAAAGCCAAUAUUUCCAGUUGUGAGGUGCCACUGAGUGUCCUGAAGUGCACUGUUUGA